GUCUUGGUUGACGUGACGCAGCCAGGAAUUCCCAAAGUUCCCAAGUUCACGGGAAGAGAGGAGCGACGUGCAUAUUAAGAAAAAACGUUUGAAGGGAAUACAAACAACGAGAGGCUGAAGUGUUAACAAGUGGGGUAAUUAAACCUUCUUCUUUGUGUUGCAUUGGAGCGAGUCGGGGAGGUGUGUGAAGCUCUCGUUCACAGCAGGGCCUGAGUGAAAACGCGGAAGAGUGGGAGUGGGAAUACUCAGGCUACCAUCCUUUGUUUACCUUCAUGUGUGGACCUUAAAACUGGUUGCUACAACAAAAGCAGCUCUUUAACUUUGCAAAACAGCUGCUUUGCGCUAUUUGCGUUCUCGACAGAAUAUCAUCCAGCUAAUCCUGCACCGUGCUGUGCCACGUGGAGCCUGCAGAGGGCGAUGUCUGACAACAGCCACAGCACAGGCAGCAGCGGCUCUUCCACCAACAGCUGGACCCUCCUCUCCCCCGAGGAAGCUGCUGUAGAGAAUGUUGGGCCGGUCGAUGAUGGCACGGAGAGCCUGGGUGACGUCCCAAGUCUGUCUGAGGAUGUGACAGGAGCUGCUGCGGAGUUCAAACCGAGUGAUGUUUCAAUUGAAACGGUCCUGUCUGAAGAAGGCCAUCAGGUGUGUCAGGAGACCUCUCCAGGGUCAAGUGAGGGUCCCAUCCCUUCCAGUCCAUCACGCCUGAGUCCUCUUCCUCCAAACACCCCUGACCCAGCAGACCUCGAUCUAGAGAGUCAGCCUCCAGUCAUCCACGACAUUAUGACCAGCUCCCCUGGAGACAAUGAGCCCCUCGGAGCCACACCUUUUGUUACCACCCUUGAUCUUAGUACUCCCCUUGAUAUUCCUUCUUCUGAACUCCUACUAGAUGAGCCUGAGGAGUCCUGCUCUGCUCCUCUUAUGACCGAGAGCCCCGUCUCUGCAGAACAAGUGCUGGACUCAGCCGCUGAUAUCACAGUGAUCCCAGAGAGUCUUGUCAUAGAGAGUCCUGUCCUCGCUGCUGAACCUGAGGUCAGCCUCCCCACGGAGACGCUCACAGCAGCUGAUCUCUCUUCUCCCGUCGAAGCUGAUACCAGCGCUGCACCAGAGAGUGCAGAGCUACUAAGCCAAGUCCAAGAGAGCCCCAUCACUGAUAGUCCUGCACCAGAGUCUGUGGGUGCAGUGGAGGCAGAGGAGGAGGAGGUGGCUGUGGAGGAAGAGGAGGAGGAAAUUGAGCCAUCUGAGACAGUGACCCAGGAGGAAAGAGAAGAAGAAGAAGAGCCUUCCAGUAGUUUUGAAUCAGGCGACACAAGCGGCUUCGACGAAGGACUGAGGAGGAGGAACGUUCCCUCCUUUGAGGCUCCAAGACCAAGAACAUCCGAUGAGGAGGAUGAGGAAGACGAGGUGGAGUUUAGGCUAGCUGAGAGGAAGGAGGAGAAGCCGUGGUUCUCCUUGAACAAAUGCAUUGUGGGUGCUCUGAUCCUGCUGUUCUUAGGCUCCCUUUUUCUCUCAGGUGACUUUGACGGGUCUGAUGAACAAAGCCAGGACUGGCUUAGCAGUGAUCCACAGGAUAUGAAAGAGCUAUUGGAUAAGCUGACACAGGAAAACCAACAAAUCGCUCAGCUAGAGGCUCAACUACAGUCCCAGAAAGAGGAGCUCGACUCGGCUCUGAAGGCGGUGGCAGAGAGCGGGGAUGAAAGUGGUAAAGCGGGUCUGGAAGAGGAAAACGUAAGGCUGAAGGAGGAGCUGUCGUCUCUGCCUGAGCUGAAGAAAGAACUGGAGAGUCUGAGAUCCAGGGUGACCGAGCUGAACCAGCUCACUGCUCACCAGGAAGUGUCCCCACCUGCCUCAAGUUCAGCUCCUCAGCCUGGAGACAAAGAUGGUCAGAGUAACCAGAAAUCAGGUGGUCCAGAGAAGAGAAAAGACACCAGUAAUGGAGGAAAGCUGAAAGAAGAACUCCAGCGUCAGAAAGUUCUUCUGGAGGAGAGCAGAAAGAGACUGCAAGGAAUGAAAAAAGACGGAGGCGACAGGAAACGAGUGAGGGACAGUCUGGAAGAGAUCCAGAAGAGGCUGUCUGAACAGGUGGAGAGGUGGGGGAAGAAGAAGCCGCAGGAGGCCAAAUGGAAAGGAAACAAAGGCAAGACCAACGAGCGGGACCACUGGAAAAAAGAGAACAAGAAAGAGUGGAAAGGAGAGAAAGACUGGAAGCACGGCAAAGAGGGGGGAUGGAAGGAGAAAGAGGAGAAGAAGGAGAAGGAAUGGAGAGGAGAGAUGGAGAACUCUCACAAGGAUGCGUGGAGGAAACACCAGGACGAGUGGGAGAGGAAUAAGGGGGAGAGGAGGAUGGACCGAGAGGAGAGGAGGAAGGAGAAACCGUGGCACAAAGGGCCUGAGAAGAACUCCCACAAUCAUCAGCAGCAGCAGCAUCAGCACCACCACCAUCAUCAUCAUCAGCAGCAGCCCCGUCAGCCCCAUCAUCAGCACAACCAGAACGACUUCUGGAGAGACCAGGAGCAGAAGCUGGGGCGCAACAUCCGCCCCCAGCUGGGCUGCAGCUCCACGGAGGACUGCGCCGCUAAGGAAGGGCUCUACCCAGUGGAGCUGCCCGAGUUCGAGGAGCUGCUGGAGGGCUACCUGAGCAAGCUCGAGGGAUCCACAUCCGAGAGCAAGGACAAGAUCAGGAAGCUGACCGCUGAGUUCUUCGAGGGCGGCGUGUUCAUCCACGACAGGGUUCUUUUCGGUGACUUUGCCGAGGACGUGGCGGACAUCCUGGAGGACAUGGUGGACGUUUUAGAGGAUGGCGGGAAGAGGGGCGAUGACUCCCUGGAGGAGGAGAUGGAGGAGUUUGAGCGGGAAGCGCUGUGGAAGUUUGCCGUCACGGCUUAAACAGACAAAAAGGAGGGAAGGGCAUAAAAACAACACUAAGAUGCAGCACUAGUGGUGGUUUUAGGACAUUUCUUGCCUACAUUCUCCUCCUCAGAGCUGUAAUUGUAGUAGCUUCAGGGGCAGAGUGCUUGUGCCUCUCAUAAAACGUGCCCCUUUCAGUCUUUAAUUAUAAGCUAGACUUGUUCUUGUCAUUUUGAACUUAGUUUGUGUUACCUACCUCUGUCCUUCUUGUGCAAAGCCCCUCAGUGCCGUGUUGUGUGGAUUCCACUCUGCUGUAUAGUGUUUUCUCCAUACCUAGUGCAUGUUGCAGCUCAUAGUGUAAAUUCAAACAGGUUCUACUCAUAUCACGCACAAUAAACAGACAAGGGCAUACUUUUUGCAAAUAAUUCUUCUGAGCAGGGCUGUAAUGGUUACAAAUACUUGUACGGUGAACAUUGGAAAAGUUCUCAGUCGCAGAAUGACAUGUUUAAUGGACUGUGAAAUACGUUUGACUUUCUGCCCUCACUGCAGAAACCACCCGCAACUUCUCCGAGCACGUUAAAACAAAUGCAGAGGAGUCUUUGCAGAUCCCAUUUGCCUCGAGUCUCUUGUUAAGUGUCCAAUCCCAGAGGAUGAGAUCCCGGCUCUUUCAGCGAUAAGAAUCAGAUCAGGUCGGACCAGUUUUUUUUGUUUUUUUUUACUGUGUGUGUGUGUGUCAGCAGCUCUUUAGUAGAUUUGGGCAAACACACACAGAGCACUGUUAGCUAGCCCUGAGCGUUUGGUUUUGUAGAUGUGACAGAAUCUUUAACUGCAGAUGUGUGAGGAAAAACAGUGACUGUUUUUUCUGCUCAGAGGUCAGAAAGAGAGACAUAGCUACAUUAUCACCGUUACACCACUGCAGCACUUUUCACAUUCAUGCUAUUUUUUUUUUUCAUGUUUUUGAGACCAUUAUCUCUCUUUUUUAGGGACCUUCAACACACUUCAGGUAGUGUAGUGAUCCAUAUUUACACAGUGUUUCAGUUAAUCGAUCUGCUGAUUCGCCCUGAGGGAAACUAGCAGCCGAACAGGUUUUUCAUCCUCUUAUUUUGUUAACAGUUUGAUCAUUAACUGACACGCAAAACAGGAGUUAUAUCAAGUGGUAAAAAAAGAUGAAGCUGCUGCUUUUUUAUUUUUUUAAUAAUUACAUGAAUGAGACAGAAACAGCACAGAGCAAAGUGGAUUCAGUAUUACAGAUCUGCCUUCCAGAGUUCACUGUCGGUCUUUCUUUCCUUUGGUGUUUGCUUGAUCAGAAAGUUCUCCCUCUUUCGGUGGAUGUGAAGUAAAAAAAAUCGACAGGUUGUGAUUGUUGCUUCAUUUUGCAGUAGUUAAAAGAAGCUUUGAAGUGUUUCAUGUUUAUUUAUUCUGUCUGUACACUGCAGCACACUCUUUUCUUUUCUCCCUCAUUUAUAACUAGAAGAAGCAAUGAGUGUGUGCGGGGCUGUACACACCAUGUACAUUAAAUGUGCUGAAUUUGUCAUUUCCUUUGGUUAUGAGACAAUUAGGUUGCCAGAUAAUGCUUACGUGCCUUUAUUAUUAUAUAAAUGUUAGACUGGACAAAGGGUCUUAGUUUUAAUUUGCCUCGGGAAGAUUAAGAAGUUAGUUUACACUGUUCAAAUUUCCCUUCUGUCUACAGAGCAGAGAGUGAAUGUUAAAGGGUUUACACAUGAUGUGAAGAACAGAUUUGUACAGAGUUUUUUUUUUCUUGGAAAAGUUUUAGACCAAAGGGAUCGGAAAAAAAGCUUAAUUUCUAUAUCACACGUGAAUGAGAGUAUUUUUGUCUUAGUGGGACUACAGCAGGACUCUGUGCAAACUGAGGAUGGAGGAACCAGCUCAGAUGUGCAUGAAAAGUUGAUCCCUGGAGAAAUGUAUUGAUGAAUUUCGGUUCAUUUAUAAUUUUGUCAUCAUCAUCAGUUUUGUCCUCUUUUAGGAAGUCAGUGUUAAGUUCAAUAAAUUUUUCAUCAUGGACUACAA